AUGUUUUGCUUUGUGAAAUAUGAAGAUGGAUGGGAGAAUCGGUGGGUCAAACCUGACUGGAAGAAAGAUCAGAACAUGGCUGGAGAAUGUAACUUUACCUCUGGUAUCCAGACCAGUGAAGAUUACAGGUUCUAUGCUAUCUCAGCUGAGUUCCCUGAAUUCAGCAACAAGGACAAGACAUUAGUUUUCCAGUUCUCCGUCAAGCAUGAACAGAAGCUUGACUGUGGUGGUGGAUACAUGAAAUUGCUCAGUGGUGACAUUGAUCAGAAGAAAUUUGGCGGUGACACCCCAUACAGGCCUGAUGCUACUUACAGCAUCCUCGUUGACAAUGUGGAGAAGCAAUCUGGUAGCUUGCACUCUGAUUGGGAUCUUCUGCCACCAAAGACGAUCAAGGAUCCCGAGCCAAGAAGGUAUUUCUUGCCUGAAGAUUGGGAUGACAAGGAGUACAUUCCUGACCCUGAAGACAAGAAGCCUGAGGGUUAUGAUGACAUCCCAAAGGAGAUGCCUGAUCCGAGUACAAGGGUCCAUGGAAGACAACGGUCUGUUGAAUCUCUAUUAGUGUUGUAA